AUGCGGGGCACUGAGCUGCUGCUCGGAUACUUUCUGGUGAAAAUUAUGGUGUGCGACGCGGAGGGCGAGCCGUCUCACACCGUGGACGAAUUCAUGCUGGUGCCCGGCUUUAACGACUCGAAGGAAGGGGAGGUGACGGAGAGCCCGCACACGGAGGACAAGUGCCGCGGCUACUACGACGUGAUGGGCCAGUGGGACCCGCCGUUCGUGUGCCAGACCGGAAACUACCUGUACUGCUGCGGCACCUGUGGCUUCAGGUUCUGCUGCGCGUUCAAAAGUUCCCGGCUGGACCAGACCACUUGCAAGAACUACGACACCCCGCCGUGGAUGAUGACAGGAAGACCCCCGCCCAAAGUGGACGUGGCGCAGGAGUCCUCGAAGGAUAAAACCAACCUCAUUGUGUAUGUCAUCUGCGGGGUCGUGGCCAUACUGGCACUGAUAGGAAUUUUCACCAAGUUAGGUUUGGAGAAGUCGCACCGUCCGCACAGAGAAAAUAUGUCAAGAGCUCUUGCACAUGUUAUCCGCCAUCCUGCCUCAGAACAUACGGAUGAAAUUGGACUUGGCCAGCACUACGAGAAUAUCCAGACAAGAGUCACACUUAACAGUCUACGUAAAGACCAGAUGAACAACGCGGCUCACGCAGCGACGUUGCUAACGCAGCUGUACCCGGCCGUGGGUCCCCUCACCAGCCCGUACGAGCUGCAGCAGCCGGUACAGGACUUCAACACGUACGCCACGCUCAAGGCUGUGGCAGAGAAAGCGAAUGACAGCUUAUACGGCAACCGGCGGCAAGUGAUGGAGAUGACAACCAAGGGCAGCCUUCCCAUGGAAGCUGUGGAUAUGGAGCCAGAGCCGAGCAACCCAUACAGCCCACCCAGACAGAUGUCUUCAAAGCAGAACGGAUACAAGUACAAAAGCCCCCGGAGCCACAGCUCCCAGUGGCUGGCCUACGGCUCCAGCCCUGCCGCCAGCCAGGGGCUGCUGAGCUCCUGGGAGAACAGGGACAUGCUGGGGCUGCGACAGAGCUACGGAUCAAAGAGACUCUGCAUCAUAGAGAAGGAGCUGCACACAACUCGCUACAUGCCUCCACAGCCAUACUUUGUCACCAACAGCAAAACAGAAGUGACAGUAUGA